AUGGAAAAUACAAAUGAAUACUUAUUAAACUUUAGAGGCUAUAAUUUUGAACGCACUUUAGUUGACAUCGAGUUCCUUAAAAAUAUAGAAGAUUUUGAAAUUAGGGAUGAUGAUGUUUUUGUAAUUACAUAUCCAAAAUCUGGUACUAUAUGGUGUCAGCAGAUACUCAGUUUGAUUUUUCACGAGGGGCAUCGCAACGGGACUGAAAACAUAGAAACACUAGAUCGAGUCCCUUACUUUGAAUACAAUAUUCGUAAAUUGGACUACGUCAAAAGAUCAUCACCUCGCCUCUUCUCCACCCACAUUCCAUAUUAUUUAGCACCUAGAGGCUUGAAGAGCAAAAAAAAUAAAAUGCUUUAUAUCUACAGAAAUCCUAAAGAUGUUUUGGUCUCAUUUUUUCAUUUUUCAAAUUGGAUGGUUAAAUUAGAAGCCGCAGAUACCAUAGAAAACUAUAUGAAAACGUUUCUAGAUGGAAAAGUGGUAGGAAGCCGGUGGUUUGAUCAUAUUAGAGGCUGGUAUGAACACAGACAUGACUUCAAUAUUCUGUUCCUGAGUUAUGAAGAAAUGAAGAAGGACCUCAGAAGUUCAGUGAUGAAAAUUAGCAAAUUUUUCGAAAAAGAACUGAGUGAAGAAGAUAUAGAUGCUGUGGUGAGGCAGGCUACAUUUCAGCAGAUGAAGUCUGAUGACCGGGCAAAUUAUCUUACCAUUUCACAAAAGGAAAUUGGGACAAGAAACAAUGAUGGACAUUUUUUGCGCAAAGGCAUUGUGGGCGACUGGAAACAUCACUUCACUGUGGCGCAGAAUGAAAGAUUUGACAGAAUAUUCCAGAAGAACAUGAAAGACUUUCCCUUGAAGAUCAUCUGGGAUUUAAAUGAGGAGUAG